AUGGAGGGUGGCCGGCGCGUUCUGGUGGACACGGGAGUGAAGUUCGGUCUGUCAGCGCCGCCGCUUAACUCGGGGCCGAGCAUGGCGACGGUGAACAUGUCGUUCUACCGCUGGGAGAGCGUCGUGCCGCCGUCCGUCGUCGACUGGCGGAAGACCGUCGCCAUGACCGCCGUCCAGACGCAAUUUGUGCCCAGAGUCGUCGCUUCCUUCUUCAAUUCCCUUCCGCAGUGCUCAAGCUGCUGGGCGAUCGCGGCCGUCGAUUCCAUCGCCAUAAUGUGGGCGAUCGCCAACAACGGCACCGGGACGAAUCUGUCGGCGCAGCAGGUGUGCGACUGUGGGACGAAGCAGUGCUGCCAGGGCGGGUGGCCCGAGUGGGCCUUCUCCUACGUGCUCUUCAACGGCGGCAUCACAUAUAACGACAACUACCGCUACCUCGCCUACGAUUCCGCCACGUGUCUGCUUGACACAUCCAUGCCGACCGCGGCGCAGAUCACGGGGUGGGAGCUGGUGCCGGCAUUCAACGCCAUGGCGCUCAUGAAGGCCGUCAGCAUGCAGCCCGUCGUCGCCUUCAUCAGCGCCUCCGCCGCCGACUUCACCGCGUACUCAAACCUUAACGGGAUUAAUAUUUACAACGGGGUGUGCACCACGGAUGUGAAUCACGUGGUGGUGGUGGUGGGCUUUAACUACACGGGGCCGGACCUCAAAGGCAGCUACUGGAUCAUCAAGAACUCGUGGUACGCCACGUGGGGCGACCGCGGCUACAUGUACCUCGCCAUGACGCCCGACGUGCGCGGGAAAUGCGGCAUCUUAUCGUAUGUUUCCGAGUUCGCUUCCCCUCUCCCCGUAUUUCUGACAGUUGAGUCUUCCUCCCAGUCUCCUCGCCCCCUCCGUCGAGCCUUGGAAGAAGUUCGUUCCGUCGCGCCUUGGAUUCAUUGCGUUCCGUCGCGCCUUGGAUUCAUUGCGUCCGUCGCGCCUCGGAUUCAUUGCGUUCCGUCACGCCUAGGAAGCACUUUGUUCCGUCGCGCCUAUGAGGCAUUUUGUUCCGUCAGUUCCAAGGAGAGCGGCGCCGUUCCGAUUCCCGGAACACCCGCCAUGUAUCCCGCCUACUUCCCAUCCAGCCAGCAGCCGGCGCGCUUCUAUUCCGACAAGCGCGGCAGGUGGAAAAUCGACAGGGAGGACGACCUCUCGUCGUCGCUCUUCCCCUCCAUCCUCUCUCUUCUAACCACCGCCAACAACGCCACCAUCAACAAUUUCAUUACGAGCAUGCUGAGUACGACAUGCGCGGGGAUCAUCAACCCGUGCGGUGGGGGCAGUUGUUACGUGAGCGGUGGAGUUCCGCGGUGCGACUGCAGCGCUUUGGCGAAUUUUGUGGAGAUGCUGGGAUUGCCCACGUCCAAGUGCGUGCCGCGAAGUCCCUGCACGACAGCUCCAGUGAAUCCCUGCGGCGGCGGAACGUGCAGCGAUGUGGGUGACGGGACGUACACAUGCGCGUGCUCUGCGGGUUACGCCAUUGGCGCAGCUGUCGACGGUUCGCCGACGUGCGUUCCUGCAGCUGGCCUCGCGAAGUCCUAUGUUACCAACCCUGGCGACAACUGCACGUAUGUCGCGACAGCUUUCGGCAUUUCGACCACCACGCUGGCAAGCCUCAACACUUUCAUCAACUGCUCCGUUACAGAAUACCUCCCUCCAGGAAUUGUUCUUACAGUCUCGGCAGCAGUGACUUCCUUAUCCUCAUAUUGCACCAACACAUACACUGUCCGACAUUCCGACACUUGCACUUCUGUAGCAAACACUUUCUUCAACGGAUCCCUCACUUCCCUUAUGGCAAGCAACCCUGGCUUGUCGUGCAAGCGCUUGUUCAAGUCACAGCAAAUAUGCCUUCAAAUGGUCACCGCAUCGACAACAUCGUCGGCUCUACAGUGCGGGCAAAGUGUCGUGGUGGUCAUGGGAGACAACUGUGCUUCUGUCGCUGUAAAAUACUCGGUCGACGGUGCAACAUUUGCCCUGCUCAAUCCAGGCGUCAACUGCAACAGCAAUCUUGCAGUGGGCUCAUACGUCUGUGUGGCACCAUCAGCACCUUCCACCAACAUCAACUGCACGGGGUGGUACCGGGUGAUGCAGGGCGACACAUGCCCCUCCAUCUGGAAUGGAGCCAACCUCACCAUGUCCAUGUUCCUCACCAUCAACCCUGGCAUCCAGUGCCAGGCGCCCUACCUGGUGGUGGGCCAGCAGGUCUGCAUCGACUCACCCCUCCUCACCACCAUGCAGCGAAACCCAAACGCCAACUACUCAAUCUACACCGUCCGUGCCGGCGAUACCCUCUCCAACAUCUCCUCCCUCUACCUCCGUCGUUGCACGGCACUCUCUGUAUCCCCUGCUGCCAUUGCCGCUCAAAACUUCAUCACCGACUUGUCUGCCCCGCUCGCCGUCAACACCAGCCUCAUCAUCCCCUGUAUCGGCGGCUUUGGUAUGAUUGACGCUGGUUGUGCGGCAUCGCUCCCAGUGUGCGGAGUGGAUUACGUCCUUUACCCGUCGUUCUGCGAUGCAGCUGCCAACUACGCUCUCCCAGUCUCCGAUGCUAGCCUGUGCUAUGAUAGGUGUGCGGUUGGGUGCGUUAACCGCAUGGGGAUAAAGCCGCUCAACACCUCUGGCUGCACGCAAGCCAUCUGCCCAUAUCCAACCUGGUUCGGAGGAGAUGAAUGCACUUUGGGAUACGGAAACAACAAUACCGCACCAUGCUGCAACUACCGGAAUACGUUCUGCGACAGGCAGUGCAGCCUAAGUGCUGAAAGUCUGGGCGGUACCUCCACAGCCAGAACUAAAACCUACAAUAGCUGCAUGGGCAAUUGCAUGUGCUGCGGUAUAUUCCCGUGCGGGGGCUCAUGGACGUGCAACACGUGGAACGACGCCUGCUAUAAGACCACACCGCACACUUGCACGUUCUACAUGACAACUGGGUACACGUUCAUCUGCAGCUACUACCCUGCUGUGGUUCCCACGCCUUAA